GCUGCGGCGUCGGAGGCGCCCAAGUUUGAACCGGGGAGGCGGAGGAGCGCGGCUCGCGGAGGAGAAAGAGGCAGAACUCAUCUCCUCGCCAUGCCUGCGAAGAAGAAAAACUCGAGGGCCGCCAACAAGAACUCGGUCAAGAGCAAAAAGAUGGAUGCGUUCAUCAAGGAUUUUAACUGGGGAGUCAAGUUGCGCAUCGAGCGCAUCCGGAUGGAAGAAGAGGUUCUCCUGAAGGAAAUCGACAACAUGUACAACAUGGAGAUGGUCUGCCUCCCUGUGGCCCUGAGGGACAUCAACUGGCUCAGCUUCUACGGUGUGGCAGGAUGCGAGCAAGUCCUGGAGAAAGCCGUCUCGGUGGACUUGGACAUGCUGGAGAUCAACAAACUGGCCUCUGAAGCUAUUCAGACCCCUCUCAAAACGGUCCGGAAAGCCAAGAGAGCCCGCCAGGCCGCGGAGACCAUCGGCGAGGAAUCGGGGCCGUCUUCUCCUCUGCCUGCGGGAAAGAGGUCCAGGCAGCAGAGCGAGGAUCCUGCGGCAGCCCAGCCGGGAAGCGAGGCUCUUCCAAAAAAAGAAGGGAAGGCAAAGCCGUCCGCCCGGAAGCCCAGGCCUCCGUCGGCCAGGUCUACUCGCUUCAGCAAAAGGGGAAGCAAAGUGAAGUUUGUCACCCCGGCCAGACAGGCGACCCAACAGGGCGUGGUGGUGGCGCCCACUCCCAAGUUUGACCCCAGCAUCUUCAAGACGCCCGGCCUGCGGACCCCGGCGGCGCACGAGCGAGUCUUCAGCGUGUCCGCCAACGGGAGCCCCCUUGCCGACAGCAGCGACGUCAUCCUCACGAUUCCCUCCGGCCGAGGGGAGAGCGUCUGCAUCCGAGCCAGCGAGCUCUCCAAGGUGGACCUGCGGCGCUUGGACUCGGAGGUGCUGGGGAGGGUGAAGAAACUAUCGACUCAACUUGCGCAGCUCUGCGGCGGCAGCGUGCAGAAGAAGUAGCGACCGGGAAGCUGA